UCAUGCUAUUUUUUUGUUUCUUGGUUCUGGAUUUUUUCUGUUUGCGGCGACGGCGGCUCGUUUGAAGUGUAAUUUUCAAGUGCAGUAAAUUGUUUACAUUACGCACACCUAUCUGUGCACUCAAAGCGAACGCAGGGCGGUGAACCAGUGAGCUCCACACCCUCGAAUAGACAAGAUGUCGGGCACCAUACUGGAGAACCUGAGCGGCCGGAAGCUGUCCAUAUUGGUGGCCAGUUUGCUGCUGUGCCAAGUGCUGUGCUUCCUCCUGGGUGGUCUAUAUGCACCGAUGCCCGCCGGCCAUGUCAUUGUGCUGGGAUCGCUGUGCCGCGAGGAUCACGCACGCCAGAAUGACACCGGAUUCCUGUUGUACUCCCGCGGGGCAGGAGCCUGCAUCCCGGUAACGCGGGACGACGUGGAGCGGGAUUCCAUGAAGAUGGCCAAUGAGCUGGUACAUGUCUUCCAGAUGCCACUUCCACGUGAUUUACGCGACCUGGACUACUCCCGCUGGCAGCAGAAUCUCAUCGGAGUGCUGCAGGUGGAGUUUGGCUAUGAUUCCUCCUCGGAGCUGAGGGAGCCGCCCAGGGAACUGCAGCUGACCAUCGACAUGCGCUUGGCCUACCGCAAUAAGGGAGAUCCGGACAACGGGUGGAAGUUGUACGCCCAUGGUGUGGAGCAUCGCUACCUGGACUGCGUGAGCGCUGGUCAAGUGAGUACCACGGAGACGCUCUACUCCUGCGACAUGAUACCCCUAUUCGAACUGGGCGCUUUGCACCACAGCUUUUAUCUGCUUAACCUGCGCUUCCCGCUGGACACGCCACGCCAAACGAACCUGCAGUUCGGCCAUAUGCAUGAUCUCACACUGACCGCCAUUCACCAAAACGGAGGUUUCACCCGGAUCUGGUUGCUGCUGAAGACUGUGCUGUUUCCCUUUGUGGUGGGCAUUAUGAUCUGGUUUUGGAGGCGCGUGCACCUGCUGCAGCGAUCGCCUGCCCUGCUGGAGUACAUGCUCAUUUAUUUGGGAGCCGCUCUGACCUUCAUGAACCUGCCCCUGGAGUACUUGUCGCUGGUCUUCGAGAUGCCGUACAUGCUCCUGCUAAGUGACAUUCGCCAGGGCAUCUUUUACGCCAUGCUGCUCUCCUUCUGGCUGGUCUUCGCCGGCGAGCACAUGCUCAUCCAGGAUGCGCCCAACAAGUCGACCAUCCGGUCGCGCUACUGGAAACAUCUCUCGGCCGUCGUGGUGGGCUGCAUCUCUCUGUUCGUCUUUGACAUCUGCGAAAGGGGCGUGCAGCUGCGCAAUCCAUUCUACUCCAUCUGGGCAACACCGCUGGGCGCUAAGGUGGCCAUGACCUUCAUUGUGCUGGCCGGAGUAUCGGCGGCCAUUUACUUCCUGUUCCUGUGCUACAUGAUCUGGAAGGUGUUCAGGAACAUUGGCGACAAGCGCACAUCUCUGCCAUCUAUGUCCCAGGCGCGUAGACUUCACUACGAAGUUUACUUAGAUCAAUCGAAGGCAUUCUUAGUCCCAGUGUCACUUCCUUGGUGCGAAGCUUUUACCCAACUUUGCGGAUAUGCUUUAGAGAGAUUUAUCUCGAUAUUUGUUAAUAAUAUCGAAAGUAAAGGCCUAAUCUACCGCUUCAAAUUCUUGAUGCUGGCCACCCUUGUAUGUGCUGCUCUGACUGUCGCCGGUUUCAUCAUGGGCCAAAUGGCCGAGGGCCAAUGGGACUGGAAUGACAACGUGGAGAUUCAGCUGACCUCCGCCUUUCUGACCGGCGUGUACGGCAUGUGGAACAUCUACAUCUUCGCCCUGCUCAUCCUAUACGCGCCCAGCCACAAGCAAUGGCCUACAAUGCACCACAGUGACGAGACCACGCAGUCCAACGAGAAUAUUGUGGCCUCGGCUGCCAGCGAGGAGAUCGAGUUCAGCCACCUGCCAUCUGACUCGAAUCCCAGCGAGAUCUCCUCCCUCACCUCGUUUACCCGGAAGGUGGCAUUCGAUUAGGCGGGGAGACUGGGAAUAUCGAUUUCUAUUAGGUUGUGUGCCAAACUGAGAUCACGAUUUGGCCUGCAGCCGUAACGCUCCAAGUGUGUGCUCAUUUUAUUACAAUAGUCAGUGGCAUUUCUUGCCUAGUUUUGCAUUCUGUGCAUUCGACAACGCGAUCAGCAUUAUUACUUAUCAUUAACGUAUAGAUUGUCUAGUUUCUCUCAGCAUGCUCAAAGUGUACGAUUUUACUAACUAUAUUUUUUAUGUAAGCCUCGGCAGUAUUAUCUAUUGAAGUCCAUUUUGGUAGCUCGUAAGUUUUAACAUAUUUAUCAAAACACAUUUUAUACACAUAUACAUUUUAUUGUGAUCCGAUUUUAUUUGACGAAUGAAGUUGGAAGAGUAGAUCAUUAUCUUUGUCUUGCCAACUAUGUGUCCAAUAUCAGAAAUGCUUUUAACAUAAUUUUUAAGGCCAGAUUGUCCAUAGAUUACAUAAAACUCAAAAAUUUGUUAAUUUAAUUUACAUUGACCACCCUUUAAUAUCUAUCGGACUCUGCCCGGAAUUUUUGACUAAAACGUAGAGCAAUUUCUUCUUCAAGUAGCAAUGCAUCAAAUAAAAAGCAAUAUUGAAAA